AUGUUUGACCUUCCCACAGCGAAGCGGGUCCGCCGCGACGAGGUCCAAUCGCCAGCCUCAAGUCGCUCCCCGUCACCCGCCGACGAGGCCGAGCUACAAGACGCCCACGACCGCCUAGGAAAGCUCCUCAACCUGGACAGUCUACUUGGAACAGGAUAUGCAGAUACAGCGGGUCAAGAAACCGAACAACAACCGCAAGCUGGUGGCGACGAGGCGGACGAGCAGGAGUUCGAAUUCCGCCUAUUCAGUGCGCCUUCCAAACCCAAAGAUACCGACUCAGCGCAACAGAAAUCCAGCAAAAAGGAGAAAGGAUCAUCCGGAAACAAAAAUACCGCCGAUGAAGGGACACACAAACUGCGCAUCCGAAUGCGCUCUCCGACACCCAUAUCCACGAAUCCCGAAGAUGGAAGAUUCGUGAAAGCUUUCCGAGGAUGGCAGUAUUAUUUCACGAGUCCCUCACUAUAUGAAUUGAAUGAUGAAAACUCGGACGAGGAAGCGCGGCAAUUGGAAAAGAGGCGCCAAUUUGAAGAAAUCGCCGUGAGCAGUGAACAGUUGGCCUGGGCUAAGGCCAUGCCAUGGCCUGGAUGCGAUCGACCUUGGCGCGUGAUCCACCUCAAACGCCAUCAGACGAAGUUACCCCGGACCGCAAAGGAUGUCCCUGUCUACGUGGUUGAAGGAGCACAGACCAAAUCGCCAAAGACAAAGAAGAAGCCCGGCAAGAAGAGACGCGUGCAGUUGCGCAAAAAGGUGAAAGCGGCAGAGGUGGCCAAGGAGAACGAGGCUGAAAAGCGCAAUCGCAAGAACCGCGAGCGAAAGAUCAAACGCCGGCAAAAGGCUCGUGAGGAGAAGGCUGCUAAAGCUGCUGCAGCUGGUGUUGCCAUUGAAGAUGUGACUAUGGCAGAUGGCGAUGGAUCGUCGGGAAGUGAGGAGUAG